AUGACGGUUUUUUUAUAUCUACUGGCCCGCAGUCUAGGCAUCCAGGUAGGAAACCCAAGUCCGGUACCUCUUCAAGUCCAAAGCUCUUGGAACCCAAACUCUUCAGGAAGACGUCCCCAUCAGCACCGGAAUUGGGCACCGUCUUCCUCACACCACUACUACGGCAGGUAA